AUGCCAGAACAACCAGAAGACAACGUCAGAAGCAGACAGCUGUACCAAGAUGCUAGACCUGACCGGCAGGUCAUGGCAUCGCCAAGCCAAAGUUUGAAUUCCACUUUAGAUGAUAACCGGCAAGUGAACUUUCGAGAGAAGCUUCUGAUUAUUGACCUGUCCCUGGGGGAUCGAGAUGUGGAGUGCUUGAAGUUUCUCUGCCGAGACUACAUCACCCUCAGGAAACUGGAAAAGUGCAGCAGAGCCUUGGAUAUUUUCGAGUACCUGCUGCAACAGGAGCUGCUGAGUGAGGGAGACCCCUUCUUCCUAGCAGAGCUCCUCUACAUCAUAGAGCAGAAGAUCCUGCUGCAGCACCUUGACUACACCAAGGAGCAGGUGGAAUGUCAGAUGCAAACCCGCCGCAGGGUCUCCCACUUCAGAAACCUGCUCUACGAACUGUCAGAAGGCAUCAGCUCAGAGAACCUAAAGAGCAUGAUCUUCCUUCUGAAGGAGUCACUUCCAAAUGUCCAGAUGACCUCUAGAAGUUUCUUGACAUAUCUGGAGAAACAAGCUAAAAUAGAUGAAGAUAAUGUGACAUUACUGGAGAAUCUCUGCCAAAAAAUUGUGCCAAACCUUAUGGAAAAGCUAGACAAAUACAAAAGAGAGAGGUAA